CAACCGGAAGUCUUUGUCGAACAUUCUGGCAAGAUGGCGAUGCCCAUGAGGAGGGCAUUGGGGGCUCUUCGCAGAACGACAUGUAGCAGUUUAAAGAAUGCUGAGACAUCUCUGGACGUGCAACAUCCCAUCCCACUUUUCCUGCCGGUCCGGACCAAGAAGCGGUACUUUAUCCCUCCGGCAGUGGGAAUGAAGGGGAAGAGCGAGGGAAACCCAGAGGCCAAAGCCCGAGCAGCAGGCAUCGUCUUCAGGCAGCAGUACUUUGAGAGGCCCAUCAAUAUCGCCUGCACUGCGGGAAUCUUCGACCCCUACAUCCCCCCAGAGGGUGACGCUCGUCUUUCCACUCUGUCAAAAGACGGCCUGAAACAACGCACGGAGCAGAUACGACAGAGUGCCGCCUCACAGCUGGCGAUUCGUAAAAUCAAAGAACACGACUCUGCGUUUACGACGAAGGAUUUUGCAGAGAAAGCUCAAGAAAUCUUUAUUGAAGCUCACCACGCCCUGACACAGUUCAACAAGCAGAAACUUCACGCCCUGGUGACUGAAAGGUGUUAUCCUGAGAUGACAAGGGGUAACCGAUACAAGACGAUCAGUUGGAGGUUUGUGGCGUCCCUGGAGCCUCCCAGAGUGGUCCAUGCCCGCUGUCCCGACAUGGUCUCCAAAGGCAACCUGUAUGGCCAGGUGACGGUCCGCAUGCACUCCAAACAGACUCUGGCCGUCUAUGACCGCUUCGGGAGGCUGAUGCUAGGAAGCGAGGAGCAGCCAAAGGACGUAUUGGAGUACCUGGUCAUAGAAAGACACCUCAUCAACCCCUAUGGCCAGUGGCGGUUACACGGAAAAAUAGUGCCAUCUUGGGCUCCUGCCAAGGACCCAAUUAUUAAGACGGUCAUGAUUCCCGGUCCAAAGCUGAAGCCAGGUCAAGAAUUUGAUGCCCUAAACUAUGAAGUUCCUAAACCAGAGGCAGUGCAGUGGUCUAAAUGAGCCACCAGGUGGCACUGCUCCUUUCUUUAAACCACAGGAGGACUGUAUUCAUGGGCCAAGUGCUGUUUAAAAAAAGUUGGCUGUAGCUGGUUAUAAUUUGUCCACUUUGGCAGGAAACCAGACUUCCCUAUGAGGGUUGUUUCUGUUUGAAAAAGGAUUUUGGCUGUUGAGGCACAGGAAGCAGCAGGUGAGUUUGAGAAUGAACAAAGUGCUGCAGAGUGAAGCCAAUAAAACAGCUUUUUUUUUUCCUCCAUAGAAGAUCAUACAACAGUGUGACAGCUCUUUUCAUGAUGGUUUUUGUCUCAAACUCUUUGUUUCAUGCAGUUUAAUGUCCAUAUGUAAGAAAUAAAAUGCUCAGAUAUA